CAGAGAAGAAGGAGAAGGGGCAGACAUCCCGGCUGAAAUCGUUUUCCGGGUUUAUGGAUAUGUAAACUCCUGAAUGUUUAAACUGUUAGAGCGCUGCCAGGACGCUGCUAGAGAAGAUGCUGCUGGUUUUGUCUGAAGACCAUAAAGAACACCUCUCCUUCUUGCCGAAGGUCGACACUGCAGUGGUUGGUGAGUUUGGUCGCAUAGCGCUGGAGUUCCUAAAGAAAGGGACCACCCCCAAGAUCUAUGAGGGAGCAGCUAGGAAGCUGUGUGUUCCUGUGGAAAUGGUGCAGCAUGGAGUGGAAGGCCUGAUGUAUCUGAUGACAGAGAGCUCCAAACACAUGAUCUCUGAAGUGGAUUUCCUGGACUCAGUGUUGAUCUUGGGGUUUGUUGAAGAGCUUAAUCAGAUCCUUCUACAGCUCUACCUGCAGCACCAAAGUCAGAUCCGCAGUGUCCUAAGUUUGCUGCCCUCCAAUCUGCCUGCCUACCACAAUGUGGAAUGGAGACUGGAUGUUCAGUUGGCAAGUCGUUCAGUCCGUCAGCAGGCCAUUCCCAUGCUGUCGCUGCGGCUGCUUCUGAUGACAGGUUGUGACCACAGCAGCAGGGCGCUUCAGACAGACCCCAGCACCCUCCUGCAUCUCAUCUCCACGUUGGAGGCUGCUCUUGCUGCCAUGAAAACCAGUCACACUCGCCGCAUAUUACGCAACAUCAAAUAACUCCCCUUCCCCUGGUCUCUUUCUGUGUAAUGUGGCAGGAUAUGCACAUAACAGCCUUUUAUACCUGGAACACAUUAAGCAGACUCUCUGUAACCUUCAGUGCAGUGUUGAAUGUUUAUUUUGGUUUGGCUGUUGAACUAAGUUUUUACCUAUCUGAAUAGUAAGUGAUCACCUCUUUAUUACUCUUGAUUCACGAUAUGUGCCAAACAGUAUUAACUGUAUUGUGUGUAAGUUUCUAUAGUCCUGAUAUUGAAUUAAAGUGUAAGGCAGAGAUGAAAAUAAUGUAAAGACUGAAAGACCCUGACUUCACUUCAGUUCAGUUAUAUUUAUAUAGCACCAAAUAACAACAAAAGUUAUCUCAAGGCACUUUUCACAUAGAGCAGGUCUAGACCGUGGUCUUUUUUUUUUUUAAGAGGUACAUCUGUCUCAACAGAACAUUAACAUGCUGUUUAAAAGUAAGCAGAGGAGGGACAGUCAUUGCUGUUGCUUCUGAGCCAUGAUUUGUAAGGACACAUCAAGCUUAGUGAAAACUGCACAAUUGAAGACAGAUUUUUGCCUGUGUUUGUCCUACUCAUUGGACAGCUAUUGCAUUUUAUGCUUUCCUGCAAUUUUAAAUCAGUAACAACAAUGAAAAGUGAUCAUACUUUCUAAAAUGUUGUGCUGAAACAAAAAAAUUGAAUGCAUAUAAGUCAGAUAAUUAGUUAAAUUCAAUAUGUUCCUCAGUAAUAAGUGCUGUUAAAAUCAGGUGGUCUUAACCCAUUUUAGUUGCUGGACACUGUUUUAAACAAAUGUUACUCCAACAAGAGGCAUUAGUGGCAGAAUAAUCUGCAUUUGGUGCUCUAGGGAGUGUUUCUGGGAGCAUGGCAGUGUGUGAGAUUUAAUCAAAAUGUAUGUCUGUGACGUGUUUGUGUGUAAUGAAGGUACAUGUCAUCCAUUGCAACAGCGUGGCUUAUGUUUUUAUCAGUUUUUUUUAGCUUUAUAACACAGAGGAAUGAGAUAUAUCAGAUUUUGAUAUACACACAGUAAUUACAGAAAAUUAAUUUUUGGUUUAGUUCUUUUCAUGCAAUGAUAUGUAAAAAUGUAGAAAAUAAAAAGGUAAUUUGACAAUAAGAAACAAAAAUACAGAGUACUUCUUACAAAUCAU